CAUGUAUUUCUGCAAUGAUAUGGGAUCAUAAAAAGUUACAGUAAAGGGCUAUAAAUUUGUAUGCUGAUUAACAGUGUGCUGUUUCAAUGUGGACACUAUUUUGUACUUCAGUAGAAGUUGGAAGCAAGCAUGCAAAAUAAAGGGGUUACCAGUGUGGCAGGAGCCAUGUCCUCCCUGAGGCUCGUGCUUGUGGGAAAGACAGGGUCUGGGAAAAGCUCAGCAGGAAACACCAUCCUCGGCAAAGAAGAAUUUAAAGCAGGUUUAAGUUUCACAGCUGUAACACCUGAUUGUCAGAGAAUAGAGGGAGAUGUGGAUGGUAGGGCAGUCACAGUGGUCGACACACCAGGUGUGACUGACUUAAAGGUUUCUAAGGUGGAUGCAGAAAGCAGGGUGGCCGAAAGUUUCUCCAUGUGUGACCCAGGACCACAUGCAUUCCUGCUGGUGCUAAACAUGUGCAGUUUCACACCAGAGGAGAAACAAGCAGCAGAGGUGAUUCAAGAAGCGUUUGGCGAGGCUGCUUUUGAGUAUACAAUGCUCCUCUUUACCCAUGGAGAUCAACUGGAGAACCCUGGUGAUAUAGAGACCUUAUUAUCAGGCUGUGAGGAGCUCACAUGUCUUCUUGAUAAAGUAAAUUGGAGGUAUCAUGUGUUUAAUAAUAAAAAGAAUGAUCGUACUCAAGUAAUUGAACUCCUGAAUAAGAUUGAUAAAAUGGUGGGUGAGCGAGGACACUACACCAGAGAGCUGUUCCAGAAGGCAGAAGAGAAGAGAAAAGAGAAACAGGAGGAGGAGCGCUUGAGGAGAGAAGAGGAAGAACUCAGAAAAGAAUGGAUGAAACCAUGGGAAGGCAAGGUGGAAUCAAGAAAGAAGAGAUGGUUUAAGACUCUUCCUUUAGUGUUGGGGGCAGGAUUCAUUGUAAUGCUGGUUAUCAAAGGCAUGCAGUCGGAACAGUGUCCAAUUCCCUGGUCUAGGCUUAUUUUCCCCAUUUCUUGGUGCUGUCAAUUUUUUCCUGUUCAGUAAAUGUAUGCCUGUAAUACACACAUCAGGGGUUGCAUGUUUGUUUUUCAGUAUAAACUUCACCUGUGUGUUAUUUUAUCAUACAUUCAUGUUGGGAGACAAUGGUCUACAAUUAAUAGUCUCCAUAGUAAUACCAACCACUCCCGAUUAGUCUGCUGCUAAGGAUAUACGAGAAUAUAUAAAGGUAUUACGGAAAGGGAAAAAAGUUUAGGUAGGAGGAGCUAGAGGAAAUGAAGGGGAAAACUAAGAGGAAAAGAGAACUGUGCACUGCCACUGUUGGACUAUAGCCAAAUGGUAACAGAUGGCUCUGUCACACUGUGUCAUCUCUAAAAAAGUUUUGACUCAUCGGUCUGUGGAACCUUAUCUCGAUAGGCCUGGGGAUCAUCCAGGUGCUUUCUUGCAAUUGUGAAAUAAGUAUUGAUGUUUCUCUUAGUUAGCAGUGGUUUCUGCCUUGCUAAGCUUCCAUGAAUUACAUUUUUUCCCAGUCUCUUUCUUAUUGUGGAGUCAUGAACACUGACCUUAGCAUGAGGCUAGAGAAGCCUGCAGUUCUGCAGAUGUUCUUCUGGGAUCUUUUGUGAUUUCCUGGAUAAGUUGUUGCUGCACCCUUGGAAACAUUUUGGCAGGCAGGCUACUCCUGGGAAGGUUCACCACUAUUCCAAGUGUUCUCCAUUUGGAGAUAAUGGCUCUCACCCUGGUUCCUUGGAGUCACAGAGCCUUAGAAAUGGCUUAGUAACCCUUUUCAGAGUGACAUAUUUCAACAACUUUGUUUUUUUGUCUCUUCUGGAUUUUCCUUUGUUUGACCAUGGCAUGGUUUGCUUGUAGAAACUUUGUGGUAACUACAGUACUUCUCAUUGAUGAUACUGUAAGGUUCAAUAUGAGUGAGAUUUAGAUUCAACAGGGCUGGCUGCAGUCAAGCCUGGCUGUGUUAAUUCAGCUGAAUGUAAUUAUUAAAUUUGGUUAAUUGGUUGAUUGAGUAACUAAAUGGGCAAUUGGUGUUUUACAUGGUAGAUAUGGGUGUUUGAUAACUUUUUUAUUAAAUAAAUGAAAUAAUAAUUUAAAAA